CCCAUCCACCAGGUGACUCUCAGCCAUGAAGACUCUUGUCCUUAUUACCACCCUUCUGCUGGUCCUCCAAGCCCAGGCUGAGCCUCUCCUGGGAGCAGCUGAGGAAGCCCCUGACAAGAUGCAGCCAUCAGAAGAGGACCAGGCCUUGUCCAUCUCCUUUGGAGGGCUUGAAAGCUCUGGUCUCCAGGAUGCAGGUCUAUUGAGGAACCAGCGGUGCUCCUGCCGACCCCGCUGUUCUCGUUUUGAACGUGUAAAAGGCACCUGUCUACGACCACCUAAAUCAUUACUACUUUGCUGCCCCUGAGCAUCAGGAGCAGAGAUAAAACAAGGACACCAUACACUUCAAGAACUAGGAACCAACUGCCAAUGUCCUUGUACUUGUUCUUGAUUUUCUUUAUUUGAAAUAAAU